AUGGCGACCAAGAAGCCCAACAUCCUCUAUGUCAUGGCCGACCAGAUGGCCGCGCCUUUGUUGUCCAUUCACGAUAAGAACUCGCCCAUCAAGACCCCCAACCUGGACCGCCUCGCCGAGGGCGGCGUGGUCUUCGACUCGGCAUACUGCAAUGCACCACUGUGUGCUCCCUCACGCUUUGUGAUGGUCAGCGGACAGCUGCCGUCCAAGAUUGGAGCGUACGAUAAUGCAGCGGACCUGCCCGCCGAUACCCCGACAUAUGCCCACUACCUCCGGCGCGAGGGCUAUCACACAGCACUGGCCGGCAAGAUGCACUUCUGUGGCCCGGACCAGCUCCAUGGCUAUGAACAACGUCUUACAAGUGAUAUUUACCCCGGUGACUAUGGCUGGUCUGUCAAUUGGGAUGAACCUGAGAUCCGCGCCGACUGGUACCACAACAUGUCUUCCGUCAUGGAGGCCGGUCCUGUUGUGCGCACUAACCAAUUGGACUUCGACGAAGAGGUUAUCUACAAAUCUACUCAAUAUCUUUACGACCACGUGCGCCAACGCAACGAGCAACCUUUCUGCUUGACCGUUUCUAUGACCCACCCUCACGACCCAUAUGCCAUGACCAAGGAAUUCUGGGAUCUUUACAAUGACGUCGAGAUCCCGCUCCCUAAGAAUGGGGCGAUUCCUCACGAUCAGCAGGACGCGCAUUCUCAGCGCGUUCUCAAGUGCAUUGACUUGUUCAACAAGGAAAUGCCGGAUGACCGCAUUCGGGCCGCUCGCCAAGCUUACUACGCUGCUUGUACAUAUGUCGAUACCAACAUUGGCAAGCUGCUCCGUGUACUCGAUAACACAGGUCUGGCUGAGGAUACCAUCAUCGUGUUCACCGGUGACCACGGUGAUAUGUUGGGUGAGCGCGGUCUGUGGUACAAGAUGACCUGGUUCGAGAACUCGGCUCGCGUGCCAUUCCUCGUGCAUGCUCCCAAGCACUUUGCUCCCAAGCGUGUUUCGGAGAAUGUCUCCACUAUGGAUCUCCUCCCUACAUUCGCCGAGUUGGCGGGCGCCAAGCUGAUCUCCGAGCUCCCCCUUGAUGGUGUUUCCUUGGUACCAUACCUGACCGGUGGCGAGGGUCUUCGCACCGAUACGGUCUAUGGCGAGUACAUGGGCGAGGGCACCCAGGCCCCGCUGAUGAUGAUCCGCCAAGGCCGCUGGAAGUUCAUCACCUCCGCCAUCGACCCACCCAUGCUCUUCGAUUUGGUCGAAGACCCCGAAGAGAAGGUCAACCUGGCAGCUGGUCUGUCUGUCAAGCCUACCGCUAUCACUGGAAAGAACGGUCUUGUAUCCGCUGUCAACCUUCCCACUCCCAACGACACCCCUCGUGCGUCGCCAAUCCCCCAGCGCGCCUCCGCCACAUCUGACUAUCCCUUCCCCUCGCCAACUCCUCCACGCACCCCAAGCCCCGCAAAGCUUCCUCCUGCUCUGCCCAACACAACCGAUCCAGCCAAGAUCCUCGCCUUCUUCAUCGAAGAAACCAACAACCGCUGGGAUCUCGAGCAGAUCAGACAAGAUGUCCUGCGCUCCCAGCGCCGUCGCCGUCUCGUAUACUCCGCUUUGAUUCAAGGCACGCCUUCGAUCUGGGAUUACGAGCCUCGCGUGGACCCCAGCACCCAAUACGUGCGCAACCAGGGCAAGGGCGCCCUCGAUGAUGUGGAGUUGAUCUCCCGCUGGCCUCGUGUGCUGCAGCAGGCUGCCAAUGCGAACGGUGUUUCCACUUGA